AUGACAUUAACUCAAGGUGACAAGUUUCCACAAAACGUCACAUUCAACUACCUUCCCAUCAACUUGGCAGAUCCAGCUGAUGAUACAUGCAAGAUCCCUAGUAAACUCAGCAUUGAUAGUCUUAUCAAACAAAAUCCCCAAUCACAUAUACUAAUUGUUUCUGUUCCUGGUGCAUUUACACCCUUGUGUUCUGAGAACCAUAUUCCACCCUAUCUUGAAUCUUUAGCACAAAAUACCUCGAAAUUGGCCAAAAAAGUGGCUGCAAUUAUAGUGGUUGGUGCCAAUGACCAAUUUGUUAUGCAAGCAUGGGGUAACCAAUUGUGUCAAAAGUUUCUCAAUCUGGCACAGAAUGCAAACUCACUACAAGUAAUAUUUGCCAACGAUGCAGGUUUCAGCAAACUGCAUGGGUUAUCAAUGACUGACCCUACAGGAUUUGUGAGGAAUAAGAGGUAUGCCGUGUUGGUCAAUUGUGAAAAUAGCCAAGUGGACUAUUUCGGAGCAGAGACAGAGAGAGUGGUAGACAAGUCUGGCGUUGAUGCUAUAUUGGCUAAAUUGUGA